AAUCAGCUGACAAAUGCUAUCUCCCGCCUCCCUCCAUCAUCUCCCCGGAUGGACCGCGCAGCCGAAGCCGGGCAGCCUGAGCGCUGACACGGAAGCAGGUUGCCCGCCGCUCUGCUUCCCCUCUCCCGGGCAGGAUGCUUCGCGGACAGAGCCUCCUAUGAGACGCGUUGCGUGACGAUAACAGAAGGGGGGAAAAAACAAAACAAACUACCACAAAGAAAAAACAAGCGGGUUUGUUUUAUUUAAAGUGGUGUGUGUGGGGAGCUCUCGGCGUCCCUUCGACCAUGGCUUCCAACUUCAACGACAUAGUAAAACAAGGAUACGUGAGGAUACGGAGUAAGAAACUGGGGAUUUUCCGAAGAUGUUGGCUGGUGUUCAAGAAAGCAUCCAGUAAAGGACCGCGGCGCUUGGAGAAGUAUCCUGAUGAGAAAGCUGCCUACUUCAGGAGCUUUCACAAGAUCACCGAGCUCCAUAAUAUCAAGAACAUUAGCAGAAUGCCGAGAGAGACCAAGAAGCACGCUGUGGCCAUUAUCUUUUGUGACGACACAUCCAAGACAUUUGCGUGCGAAUCAGAGCUAGAUGCCGAGGAAUGGUGCAAGCUGCUGAACGUGGAGUGCCUGGGCAGCCGUCUCAACGACAUUAGCCUGGGCGAGCCCGACCUGUUAGCAGCGGGGGUGCAGCGGGAGCAGAACGAGCGUUUCAACGUCUACUUGAUGCCCACGCCCAACCUGGACAUCUACGGUGAAUGCACCAUGCAGAUCACCCAUGAGAACAUCUACCUGUGGGACAUCCACAACGCGCGCCUCAAACUCGUCAUGUGGCCUCUCAGCUCGCUCCGACGAUAUGGUCGAGACUCGACUUGGUUCACAUUUGAGUCCGGAAGGAUGUGCGACACAGGCGAGGGCUUGUUCACCUUCCAGACACGGGAAGGAGAGAUGAUCUACCAGCGCGUCCACUCGGCCACUCUGGCAAUUGCCCAGCAGCAUGAGAGGAUGAUGGAGGAGAUGGAGAAAAGCUCUCAGCUGCGAUCAUCAGAGAUGCUCACCAAGUCCAUCUCUUUACCACGAAGUGUUUAUUGGCAACAUAUCACACGACAAAACAGUGUGGGAGAUCUUUACACUUAUCAAGGAAGCAGCAUGGAGAUGACGUUCUUCCCAAGAGCGCAGACCUUCCCCAGCUUCCUAGCCCAUCAGCCUGAGAUGGAAGAGCAGGAGAAGCAGCAGCAGGCGGAUGGAGGCGGAGGAGGGAGGAGGCACCAGGAAGAGGCACUAUCGCCCUCUAGUGGCCGAGUAGCCACUUGUAGCCUGAGGUUACUUCAAUGACAGUUGCCCAGACUUUGGACACUUUUUGAGCACUACUGUCGACCGAAUGUAGAACUAUGUAUAGUCACACCUGUAUUAUAUAAUGUCAUUUAAGUUUAAUUCAUGAUCGUGUCCACUUUGUUUUGUAUGUUGUGUGACAGCAGAAGUAGCCUUUUAUAACAAGUGUGGUUUUCAAACACUUAUAUGUUAAAGCCUACAUUUACAACUAAUUUAUAUCACAUUAAGAAGCUGUCAUAGGUCGUUAGUCUUUUUUAAAUAGUUACUGUUAAUUCAUGAUUUCAUACUGUUGGAUGUUUUUGUUUGUGGUUGUAGUGGUGUAAAAAACAGCUGUGUAAUAUUUUGGAUGUACGGGGACGGCGUGGUGCAGUGGGAGAAUGUCCGUGCGCAACCCGAGGGUCCCUGGUUCAAUCCCCACCUAGUACCAACCUCGUCACGUCCGUUGUGUCCUGAGCAAGACACUCCACCCUUGCUCCUGAUGGGUGCUGGUUAGCGCCUUGCACGGCAGCUCCCUCCAUCAGUGUGUGAAUGUGUGUGAAUGGGUAAAUGUGGAAGUAGUGUCAAUGCGCUUUGAGUACCUUGAAGGUAGAAAAGCGCUAUACAAGUACAACCAUUUACUUGAGAGGCAAAUGUUGAAGUCAGACUUUACGAGGCAAAUUGCAUCAAUACAUGUAUGAAAAUUAUUGUCAUUAGGAUGUAUUGUAAAAAUACUUGAAUUAAGUUACAGAAAUAUUUGAAAAUAGGCAUUUUAUUUGAUUAGAAUUCCUAUUAAAUACAAUACAAAAAGUUUGAAGCGGGCUAAAAGGAUUAAUAUAACUAAAAUCAAUUAAUUAGAAAAAGUAGUUUUUUAUUAGUCCAUUCUUUGUAAAGUGCCUUUCGACCCACUGCAACCAUUUGUUUUAAUUUAUUGUCUACUGUACACACACCUGCUAGAAAUGUACAAGCACUUACGUCUUCUAAUGCAUCACUUUAGCAUUUAGCAGUCAUACAGUAUGUCUGAUUUACCUUGAUAGCACUUUCAUGUUUCACCUUGUGUAAAUACUCUCUUUUGAUGAUUGAGGUAAUAAACUUGAGUGUUGUCA